AUGUCAUCGCCUGCCAAGCACAAUCCAUCAAUCGAGUCGGUCCAGGCGAAUCUACGUAAAUUCCUCAAUGUGUACCUCCAGCACCGGCCGUUAGUUCAGCGGACACUGACAGCUGGGUUUGUGCUAUAUUGUCUUGGAACGACGUUCGCUGCGUUGACCGGCCGAACGAGUAACAAGAGUGGUGGAUCUGGUGGGUCAGGAAGGGGGAGGAGGGGUAAAGACUCGAAGAAGACGACUGCAUCUCCCAACGAUCCAUUAUUCCAUAUUCGACUAAAGAGGCUACUUCGGAUAGUCAUACCGAGCCUGAGAUCAAGGGAAGCAGCGAUGUUGGCAUUACAUUCUGCAUUCUUAGUGACGAGAACAGGUAUCAGCUUGUAUGUAGCUGAACUGGAUGGAAGGAUCGUAUCCUCCCUAGUUACCGCUCAACCAGCUUUGUUCUUGACGAAUCUGACAAAAUGGUUAUUGGUCGCUAUACCUGCUACUUAUACCAACUCGAUGUUGGAGUAUCUUCAAUCCGAACUGGGCCUAGCAUACCGAACGAGAUUGACCAAGCACGCUUUACAAACAUACCUUGACCCCAUCAUGCCUCCUACCACUAUCAACGACACCACUAACGAGAAAUCAUCUGGAUCUUCUUCAUUACUCAAGACAGAUAAUGAUGCGCAAAUAUCAGGAGAACAGUUGUUCUACAAAUUAUCAAAUUUAGAUGAUCGGAUCAAGAACGCAGAUCAAUAUCUGACGGUGGACAUUCAACAAUUCAGUAAUAAGUUGGCCGAGAUAUAUUCAAAUAUUGCCAAACCUGUUCUGGAUGUUAUCCUGUACAACUAUCAAUUGUCGAGGAAUGUCGGUGCGGAGGGAUUGGUCAUCUUGACGAUAUUAGUUCAGACUAGCGCUGGAUUAUUACGAGCUAUCACACCUCCGUUCGGGACAUAUGCAGCACACGAAGCCAAGCUAGAGGGGGAACUUCGAUUCACCCACUCACGGCUCCUCGAAUCGGCCGAAGAAGUAGCUCUAUACCACGGCGAAGAAUUCGAGAAGAACGUGAUUGAAAGAGGAUAUUUCGCUUUGGUCAAACAUGCCAAUAGAGUAUUGAGGAUCAGAGUAUGGCACGGUAUGGCCGAAGAAGGGGUUAUCAAGUGGGUCUGGGGCAGCUUGGGUUUAUGUAUUUGCGCAAUACCGGUUUUCGCAGGUGAGAUGUUAGGUAUGAAAGGCGGUGAUUUGGGUACGAGAACGGAAGGCUUUGUUACUAAUCGAAGACUUUUGUUGUCCUCGAGUGAUGCUUUUGGGAGAGUCAUGUAUAGUUAUAAGGAGCUUGCCGAACUUGCUGGAUAUACUGCUCGAGUUUCGGAUCUGUUUGAUACGAUGGAAGAUGUGAAGAAGGGGCAUUAUCAGAAAAAAUUAGUUAGCAGUGCCAGAAUAGAGGAUAACGCUAAGAUGCUUCAAGGUCGAGGAAAGAUCAUUGAAUCCGAUGAGAUUAGGUUCGAUCAGGUGCCACUUAUCAGUCCGAAUGGUGAUGUGUUGGUAAAAUCGAUGAGCUUCAACGUCGAGCCUGGAAAACACCUAUUGGUGGUUGGGCCCAAUGGAUGCGGUAAAAGUAGUCUAUUCCGUAUUCUUGGCGGUCUUUGGCCAGUCUACGGAGGGACGGUCUACAAACCCCCUGCUCGAUCAUUUACCUAUAUUCCUCAACGUCCUUACCUUUGUACGGGCACCUUACGAGAUCAAAUAAUCUACCCCCACUCCCAUGUGGAGAUGAGAGAGAAGGGGAUCUCGGACGGUGAUCUGUCGAAGAUAUUGGAGGUUGUCGAGAUGGGACAUAUAGUGGAGAGAGAAGGUGGUUGGGAUACAGUUAGAGAAUGGAGAGAUGCGCUCAGUGGAGGUGAUAAGCAGAGAAUCGCAAUGGCUAGAUUGUUCUAUCAUAAACCUAAGUAUGCAAUUUUAGAUGAAUGUACGAGUGCUGUCACACUAGAAAUCGAAAAAGUCAUGUAUGAUCAUGCCACUGCAUUGGGGAUCACAUUGAUGACCGUCAGUCAUCGACCUUCGUUAUGGAAAUACCAUUCGAUGGUAUUGCAGUAUGAUGGAGCAGGAGGGUAUAUCUUCACCGAAUUAGAUGCAGAGAAGAGAUUGGCUUUGCAGGAAGAGAAACAGGAUCUGGAGCAUAAAUUAUUGACUGUACCGAAAUUGAAACAGAGGUUGGAAGAGUUGAAAGCUGUUAAAGCUGAGAGGGGGAGAGUGAAAUGA